GUUGUCUGUUCCGAACCAAAUUUCUUUGCUAGUGGAAUCGUACUACCUCCAUCAUGAAGGCGGUUAGUUUUCUACUAGUCAGCCUUCUCCUGGCCACCGCUGUGGUCGCUGGACCAUUUGGAUUCAGACUUGGUGAGGAGGCUGAACCCGAAUCUGAAUGUUCAGAGCUAACAAGAUUCCGAGAAGGGUUCCGAUAUGAAUUUGAUUACACGACCGAAACCAUCACUGGCAUAGAGGGCGCUGGACCUGGAUCAACAACCACCAUGACAAUGGCAUGCAAUGUUGCCAUCGAAUCACCAGAAAGGUGCAAGCAUGUCCUCAAGGUCACCUCCUGUCAUCUUGAUGGGAACAACCAGCUUGGUGAGGAGAUGAGUGCCCAUGACCUGGUCUUCCGCACUGAGAACGGACGUAUCAUCGAGGUGCUGGCUCAUCCCGAUGAACCACUUCACAUCCUGAACGCCAAACGUGGUAUCCUCAGCAUGGUCCAGCUCGACUUUGAAGCCGAUGAUGUUGACCAGAUCACCCUGAAUGAAGUCUCCGUACACGGCAACUGCAGUAGCGAGAUGAAUGUUACUAAGCGUGAUGAAAGACAGAGGCCACGCAAGCUCGAGGUAGUGACUGAUCUCAACAACUGUUUGCUCAGGAAACGACCAGAGAAUAUGACCAGGUGGCAGAGCUUCAAGGAUAUUGUCUUCAACACGACUAUCAUGGACAAGUUCCUCAACUCUUCAAGGACAUGCAGCUAUGAUCUAAAAGGAACUACUGCAGAAUUCAAAGAGAUAGUAUGUGAAGAAGUUCACUCCUUCUGGCCAAUGAAUUUCAACAGUGAGAAUGGUGUUCGUACGUUCAUCCGUCAGAAUAUGCUAAGCACAGCCAUUGAUAAUUUGAACACAAUCAAGGUUGACCCAGCAAUUACCAGAUCAACAUGCCUGAGGUAUGAGCAUGACCCUAAGGAAGUUAGUCAAAAGCCUAAUGAUGUAACUGCUGACCAAGCAAUGGAUAUCCUGAAGGCACUUGUCAAGAUCUCUCGUGAAGAGAUCAAGAUGGAAAGUCCUCGUCUCUUUGGCAGAUGGAGGGCUGCUCUGGAGGGAAUGACAAACGAGACCAUCCAUGAAGUCUUUGAUCGUGCUUACAACUGCAGUGAAUACUCACAAACCUGCCGUGACAAUCCAGAUAAGGAGAAAAUUGCCAGGGAAUAUCUUCUUGAUGGUCUCCUUCCUUGUACAACCAUGGCUUGCUUCAGUGUAAAGAACUAUGCCAUCGCUAAGGGAAUCAUCCCCAAGCCUCUUGCUAAUGUUUGGAUGGUAACCAUGGCUCUUCAGAACUACCCAACGUUGGAACUGAUGAGCGAGAUGCUACGUAUGGCUCAGUAUUCACCAUCACAAAUCACCAUCUUCCCUCUCAGUAUCAUGGUACACAACUACUGGGUGAAUAAUGAGGAGAUUCAAACUGCUGAAGAACUUCCAGAACCAAUCAUCAAGACCAUCAGGUACCUCAAAUCUCUCAUUGGUAAUGACUGCACUGUAUCAGCAGAAAACCAACGUCUUGCACUUGUGGCUCUGAAGGCCAUUGGCAACAUCGGUGAGCCAGUUGAGCGAUAUGACCAGCUGGCUUUCAUCUACUCUGAGAGAGUAUCUCCAGUACUCAUUGAGUGCACCAAGAACAAGCAGAUCCCAAGUGACAUCUCCAAGGCUGCCAUUCAGUCCAUGCGCCGAUUUGUGAUGAGUGACCAGCUCCGUGGCCGAGUCAUUUCUGAGCUAUUCAAGGAUACUUCUCUUGGGGUACCAGAAAGGAUCGCUUCCUACCUCAUCACAAUGAAAGCCACUCCUAGUGUCUCUGAGCUGACCGAAAUGUGGAACUUCUUGAAAACAGAACCAGUUAAACAGAUAAAAGCUUUCUGCUUCUCUCACAUCCAGAAUGUCAUAGAGUCAAGCGAACCAACGUUACAACAGCUCAAGGAAAAUCUAAAGACUGCCAUGAAUGGUGAGCAACUUCCAGAAUACCCCAAGGAUAUCCGCAAGUACUCUCGCUUCUUUGAACUUUCAAAGAACCUGACUGAACCCUGGAGGAACAACACUGUCGCUGCCCAACUUGAGAGUGGCGUCAUUUUCAACCCUGAGAGCUACUUGCCUCAAGAAGUCAUGUUUCACUAUGUCCUAAAUGCUCUUGGAAAGAGCUGGGAUAUCUUUGAGACUGGCAUUGAGAUGAAAGGGUUUGAACCAAUCGUUGAAUCUGUCUUUGGACCCGAGGGUUUAUUCCCAGAAGUCAAUCUCCAAACUUUGUUUGAAACCAUCGAUGAAAAAUUCCUGUCUAAAGUUCGAGGGUUUGCUGAGGCUCAACUUGAAAAGUGGGCUCCACAGCCAGCAGAGUCCAACAAUGAAGUCUUCAACAAGAAGGAUACAAUCGGCAAGAAAAUGAAGAGGCAGACUCAAAUUGGAGAACCUCAGGUUCUUAAUGUUAUCCAUGAAAACACCAUGAACAAGCUCAACCAACUUCACUACCUUGUUGGCAUGGAACCAUCUGCUACUGAUGCUACUGUCUUCCUUCGUCUCCUUGGAAAUGAAUUUGGUUUCGUCAGUGCUGGUGAUGUUCUUUCUCUAAUCCCUUACACCAUGGGAAUUUAUGAAGAAUUCAUGAACAAGACAAAGCAGAUUCCACAGCUUCUGUCACAGGGACUCAACCUCAACACAACUCGCUCUUUCGUAUUUAUGGACAAGACCUUUGUUUUGCCAACUGGUAUGGGUAUGCCACUCAACUGCAGCAUAAAUGGUACUGCUGUUGUCAGCCUCCGUAUGAAGAGUCAGUUCAGUUUCAAUCUUCCUAAGAUCAUUGCCGCAGGACAUAUUGCUCCAAGUGGAGCUGUAGAGGUUCUUGCUACCAUGGGUAUUGGUAUGCCAACCAAGGUAUUCACUGGGGUUAUGGCCAACGCAACUGUCUACCAUUCCUCCAAGAUCGAAGGAAACGUCACAAUUGAUGGUACUCACCUCAAGAUAAACCUUAACAACACCGACCGUCCAAUGAACCUCUUCAACUAUUCAACAACCUACAACCUGAUGAAGGCUAAUGGAGAAAUUGAAUACAUCCCAGGUGUUCUUCAGGAUGCUGUCCGAAAUCAGAGGUGUACCAAUGUCAGCAGGGUAUUUGGAGUUGACCUGUGUGUUUCAUGGGCCUAUCCCAAUGCAAGUUACGUUGCUGAAGCACCACGUUUCCCCUUUACUGGACCAAACAGCUUCAACGUAACCCUUGUCAACACAGAUCAAGCAUUGAAGGCAUACACCAUCGAUGCCCAGUACAAGCAGAUCAGGAAAGGUGGUGCACCAUCACCAAUCACUUUCAGCUCAAUUGGAAGGAGGAACAACAGAAACACUCCGGAAACUAGCAACAUCAUUGAUACUGUCCGUGUAUCUUUCUAUGCACCAGGAGAGGAACUUACUCGCAACAUUACUUCACUCAUGAGUGUUGAUCGUCUUCGCAAGACUGCCAAGUGGACAUUCACUGUUCCAGAGGUCAAGAACUUCAUCAUGUUUGCUGGACUCCUUAAUGAGACCACAGAUUCAUCCUCCACAUACAGGGCUGUCUUUAAUGUUUCUGCUGCUGAGAACACAGCAUCAGUCGACUUCCUUGUUAGGAACGAGACAUCUGUAUCACAGAAGAAUCUUACAGCAGUCUUCAAUGCUUCCAUCAACAAUUUGUACUGGGCUGCUGUUGGACAGUUUGUAAAACAGGCAGAGAGUGGUGAUUGGAACGCACAUGUGACUGACACAUACUAUUGGGACGAUGAAACUCCAUUAUACAAGCAGAUUCUCUUCCCAUGGACCGGAUACCAGAUCAACCAUGCUAAAUACCAGACCUCCACCAUCGCUGCCAAGAGGAUCACAAGAGGACCAGUCGUUCAACGUGACCUCAAGAUGUCAACUCUUGGCUGGGCAUUGGACUUUGAUACUGUCCAGACUGUCAGAGAUGAACUAAAGGAGAUUAUAGUCCACACCAAAAUCUCAAAUUCAUCAUGGGAAUUUCCUCUUUUGGAUUUCAUUCUGAGGAAUGAAACUAAAGUAAAUGGAUAUCGUCUUGAAGGACAGGUUGCACGUAAUACUCACCAUGUCUUUGCUGAGUAUGAUUUUACCAAAGAGCAAAGAGAAACCAACCGUAACUUCAGAAUGGGACUCAGGACUGACGUUUUUGUGAACAACCCUGAUGCUGCCAUGUUCCUUAACUCUCCAGCUCUACUUAGGCUUUUUGGCGAGACUGCACUCAUUGAUGAACCUGUUGUCAUUGAUGGUGGUAUGAACUUCAGGAUCCUUGAUCAAUCAAGUUUGACUGAGGAACAUCUUAUCCAGACCAGCAUCUUCGUACCUAGCCCAAGGAACCCUCAAACUCAUCUUACAUAUGACUUUGAUCUCAGAUUUGAAAAUGCUACCAUCAGCAACCAGAAGGACUUCUCUGUCGAAUUGACAACACCAAUUCCUCUUCUUAAGCUCAACAAUGUCAACCUUCUACAUCUUGUUAUUGAUAUGGAGUCCGGAGCAUCAUCUUUAGCCCAUACUUACACCCUAUACGACACCCGUUACAGCAAACCCCAGGUUACUGUGUCUAACAUCAUUGCUGCUGGAUGGAAGAAGCCUUCAGCCAACUGGGUAAUGGACAUUGAAACACCCUCAAUGGUCUUCUACCAGAACUAUACUGCUCUGUACUCACGUGAAAACGGACUGCAAUGCUUUUAUGAGAAUAGCCAGGACAGCAGUUUCUCUGAUCUCCUUGAUUUUACUGAAAUCAGUAACCUUUCUGUAAGACCAUCUGCUGUGUCCUUGUACUGGUCAUACCUUCACCAACUUCUAUCCACCAACGUUUCAAACAGUUUGGCUGUUGAGGGCCCCAUCACCGAAAUGAGGCUACGUGUUGUACCAUUGGUUGUGCGGGAUAUCCUAAAUAGGACCUACAACAGGGACUUCCAAAUUGUAAAGAAUCUGAUUCUAAACAAGUUCAUCUUUAAUGUUACUUCAUCAUCCCUCACGUUACGUCAAAGUGCCAAUAUUUCUAGUCCAGUCUUUGCUAAUAUGUCAGCGUCGCAUUACAUCUUUUUGAGCCGAAAUCUCUUUGAUCAGCAGCUGACGUUUGUAGCAGAACAGAAGCGAUUAAACAUCUCGGCUGGUCUCAAUCACUCUCUGCUCAUUGAGGGUCGUGAAGUUACACUGAAGACCGAGGGAGGCCUAACAGUAAGGACGGCACUACGUAUGAACACCCUAACAUCAGUCAAUGUUACCGUCUUGAAAGAAGAUACACCUUUUGAUUUGGCAGCUUUGCACCACACUGAGGUUGACUCUCCUCUCAUCAAAUUCUCAACCCGCUCUUCAUCUAAUGGUGACUUUCAUGGUGUUUUGAAUAUGGUGGCAAAUCACAUCACAUCCAUGACAUCAAGGUUGGGAUCUUUUGAUGUAAUUGGUAACUUCGACAUCCAUGACAUGACUUCGCCUACUCAAUUCAGCGAGAUGACUGGAAUUUUGACAUACAACCUUCAGUCUCGUAUGAUCAAGUCUUCACUGAACAGCUCAGUAAGCUUCCAAACCUUCCGAAAGCUCUUCAAAUUCAGCAAGAUCCUUGUUAAGGCUUCCCAGGACAUCAAAAGCAAUUGGGUCAAUUGGAAUGUUCAUGGUAAAUCUCAACUAAAAGGCUUCAGUAGUAUUUUUGAAUUUGAUGAGGUCAGUAGCAGCGUUGAAGCAAAUCUCCUCAACAAAUUUGUCAAUGGAAGCCACAGCUCUGGUAUUGCUCUUCGGGAUAUGAAUGGUCUUCUUGUCUUUGGCCAAUUUGCAACUCAUCUUAGCAAUAAUAUUACCAGCAGAUUUGUCAACAGCACUUACCAGACCCAGAUGAACCUUGAGAGUUCUGAUGCAUCUUUCACAACUCUUGAUGGUUCAUCCAACUACAUUCUGUCUUCUUGUCUUCUGAAUGUUACAGCAAAUAAUACUCUAUUGAUGAAUGGUUUCCGUCGCCUUUUUAACUUCGAUAAUAUUACAGGAAAACAGAUCUGGUUUGUAAAGACAGCUCUUCUGAAUGCUACUAUGGACAACCAUAUUGCCCUAACAGAUUUCCAGAAUGCCUCAUACUUUGAGGAAAUUGCUGGCCAUGUAUCUGGAAAUGUUGAAUUCUACCUGGCCAGGGGAAACACCAACACCACACUGCUUGUGCAAAAUGUGCGUUCGUUUACUCAGGUUUCUAAAGUGGCAGUUGACUCGUCAUCCACUUUCACCAGUCGUCUGAUGAAUUCAUCACUGAUCGGAGGUAUGGACAUCUCCAAUCACAGGUCUCUUUUUAACUUUGAUUCAAUUUCAUCAAGGAUGAACUUUACCUCCAAGGUCUUCAGCGUUUCUACAUCGAUGCAAAAUGAAGUAAGCUUUAAUGGAGUGCGAUCAUUUGUCAACUUUGACACCAUCGCUCAUAAUUUCGGCAUGGUCGCAAAGAGCCCCUAUUUUGAUUCUAGUCUGACUGAGGUCAUCUCUCUAGAAAACUUCAGGAAAUUCAACCAGUUUGACUUGGCAUCCGCAGAGGUUAUUGCUUCCUUCAACACAAUCCUCCUCAACACAUCCUACCAUCAAAUUCACAAGGUUCAAGACAUGGCAGGCUGGUUCCAAUAUCCUCUUGCAGAAACUGUCAUUAUUGGAAACCUUACUACGUCGAAGCUGAAUGUAUCUGGAUUGUACGAAGGUAGAAUUAUUGAUAUGACUGCACCAUUCCAAUAUGCCAGCAGCAUUGCCAAGGUCGAAUAUGGAGUAAAUAAUAGGUUCCUCAAUAUCGAAGGUAUCCAUGGAGUUGAAGUGGACAACAUGAGAAGUGUCUUUGACUUUACAAGAAUCAAUGGCACAAUUUCCCAUGCAGUAACUACUCCUAUUACCCGCAUGAGCGUUGGUGGACUCCUUGAAAUGAACAACUUCCAGAGGCUCUUUGCUUUUGAUCUUAUGAACGUCACAACCUCCAACAUAUUCAUUAUUACACCGCUAAGAACAACAUUUGCUGCCUACAAUGGAGGGUUGGCUCUGCAGGGCUUUGAAAAGUUUAACAAAUUUGAAUCCAUCACUGGAAAGUCAAAGGGUGCUGUUCUAACAAAGUGGACCAACUGGACCAUGAAUGUGGAUUCUACCUUUGCUGGUGUCCGUUCAUUCUUGGACUUCGACCAAUUGGACAUUACUGGACAAAAUGAAUUCACAAGUCCUUUCUUAGUUAUCACUUCUAACACUACCAACUUCGUCACUGGUUCAAAUGGUUUCUUCAAGGCAUCAAAUGCAACAACCAAGAGCAUGUUUGGCCUGAUAUCUCGCAUUGGAAAGAUUGACUCUGGCGCAACUUGGUCUGUUAGAGAUGUUGCAGGCCCAUUAACAUUUGCUGCCAAUGUCUUUUCUACAAAUGUGAACAUCAGCACACCUUUCAUGAAGACCGGCUCUAAAUUCGAUGUUGAAAUGGAAAACUGGGAGAAUAUCACUACUUUUGGAAAGUAUGAAGUUUCUGCCGUUAAUGACAUCCAAUCCAGAAUUGCAACAUGGAAUGUUCUAUCACAUUUCAAACUGGCCAACAUGGCUGGUAUCCUUACCUACUCUCGAAUGGAAGGGUGUGCAUCAUCCAACUUCUCCAGCAUCAUCUUAUCUUUGUAUACAAGCUUUAAUGGCCACAUCAACAGUCAAGCAGGGCCUCUGAACUACGAAGAAAUGGUCAUAGUUACUCAAGGAAAUUUUAGCUCUUGGCCUAUUAAGAUGCAAGGUGGUACCCAGUUCAAUGUCCAGAACAUGGCCGGCUUCAUGACAUAUGACAGCAUUAUUGGUUCUGCAUCAGGAGACAUUACAAGCAGGUUCUUGAACACUACAGCCCAAAGUAGUCUGACUGCUAAUAUUGGGACUGGACUCUUCAAGGUGCAACUUGCUAAUGUGUCGUCAGCUCUAACUGUGAACACACCAUUCACAAGGGAAAUCAAAGCCUCCAGCUCCGCUCAGGUUACUGAUUCAAGAAACCUGUUCAAGUUUGGAAAUGCAGCUAUCAAGGGCGAGUUUUCUUUCUUGACAUCAAAGAUCAACGUGACUGGCAAUGCUGACUCAACCCUUAUCAACUUUGAGAACAUCACGACCUUUGAAUCAGUAGAAUCAACUGCUGUAUUUGAUGUAGCAAGCAGAUUCCUCAACUCUUCAUCAAGAGGCAUCAUGCAGAUGCAUGGUUUCGAGAGGUUGUUCAGAUUUUCUGAUGUCAAAAUCGGUGGACUCACUGAAAUCAAAUCUAUCUUGGCAAAUCUAACAACCGAAGCAGGAAUCGACUUCAGCAACUUCCAGAGUAUCUUUACUUUUAAACGUGUCAACAGCUCAGCUCUUGUUUCAUUCAAAUCUAGACUAGCAACCAUCGAUAGCAAAACUGGCAUGGAGAUGAACAACUUCAGGGGAGUAAUGGCCUUUGAUCGUGUUAACGGAAGCCUUAUCACCGAUUUCAAUAGCAAGCUCAUCAAUUCCACUUCACUUGCUGACUUCGCUCUAGAGGGAUUCGAAUCACUCUUCACUUUUACCCGUGUUGCAGCAUCAGCUGAAUCUGUUAUAAACAACAAGAUUUUCAACUCAUCUGUUGUGGCAGACUUCUCAGUAAGUGACUCUACAUGCUUCUGCAAGUUUGGCAAACUUGUUGCUCAAUCUACUGGAUCAUUUACUUCUCGAUUUGCAACAGGACGUGCUCUUGGCAUCGUUGAAGUAAAGAAUGUACGUAAACUUACCAGCUUUGAUCUCGUCAAUGUAACAUCAGAAGCCCGCUUCAUCAGCAGACCUAUGACUGCUAUGACAGAGACCAUUUACACGAUAAAGAAUCAUCGCAGCCUUUUCAACUUCGACCAAGUGCGAAGCCGUAUUUACGGCAAUAUUCAGAGCAAGUGGGUAAACAGCAGCACUCUGUUUGAGUCUCAGAUGAACAACUCUCAAUCACUCCUCGUUUUUGAUAGUGCAACAAGCCGAUUGUACAGCAAUGUCUUCAACAGUUGGAUAGAGAGCAGUGCAGUGUUUGAAUAUCAGAUGAAUAAUUCUCGCAACAUCCUCAACUUUGAUGCUGCCAAAUCUAAAGUGACGUUCACACUCCGUACUCUAGUAAAUGAUGCCCACUUCAGUGGCGAACUAAAUUUCAUCAACUUUGCUAACAUAACACACUAUGGAGAAGUAUCUGCUAUGGCUGUUGGAAAUAUUACAAGUCCCUUCGUCAGAGCUGCAGGAAUUACCAAGGUCAAUGUUACAAACAUGGCUGGAAUUAUGUCUUUUGAAAAGGCUCUUAUAGAUUCAUACGCAAAUGUUGAGUCACGAUUUAUCAACACCACACUCCAAAACUCGGUUGUAUUCAAAGGUUUCAAGGGAAUCACAUACUCCUACAUUGGCCAUCGCCUUGUAUUACUUUGGGUUGAUCCUAUUAAUGAUGUCACUGUCAAAAAUGGUCUAGAUCUUACAACGUUGAAAGACAUGUCUCAGCUCUUCAAUAUUACCUGGGCUAACCCUAAGGGAACAGUCGUCUUCAACCAGCGCCUGAAUUAUGAAAAUCUGGUGGCUACCAUCAAGCUUCCAUCCAUCGGUCUGAUUUCUGCUGGAGCAAAUCUCAACACGUUUGGAGACAGCUUGACUUUCUACAUUGACCAUGAAUUAUUGAAGGACAACUUCAAGACAGUCAAUGACAUCACAUGGCUAUUGAGAUUAAAUGAGAGUAAUGUGAUCUACAGCAACUUCAGCUGGAACCCACAGACAGUUGCAGAGAUUGUGGACAUCACUGUAGGAACAAUCAACAGUCACUACAAUCGUACCAUCACCAUUGCCAAGAGCACCAUCAACAGAGUCAUGGAAGUUGCUAACCGCACCCUCACACACACCAGAAGGAUGACCAACUGCACCAAGUGUUUCAUGCGCUAUACCAUUAUGUUGGCUAAUGAGACUCUCACUUCCGCAUUUUCACAACUCAACCAAACUGCCUUCACCCAAGCUCUCAAACUAAAUGAAACUCUUUUCAUCCAAUUGAAGAAGAUGAACCAGACCUUUUACACCCAGCUCAGGGCUCUGAACCAGACAUUCUGCACCCAGAUGCAGAAACUCAAAGAGACCAUCACCUACGCCCGUAGCAACCCCAGGGAAUUUAUCAGCCAGUAUGUCAACCUAACAAAGUUAAAUGAAACUGUAACAAGGAUCAAUGCUACCAUUCGGGAGCUAUAUGCCAAGCUUCGAUACAACAUUACUCAUCCGAGAGAAACCAUCGAGAACAUCAAGAUACUCAUCAAGUAUGAAGAGCGCCUUGAACAAAUCAUGUGGGUGUUGGAGAAUCGAGAAAUCCUCAAGACCCGGGCAAAGAAUUACUUGAUUGAAAUGAAAGCUAACAUUACCAAGAAGGCUAAAGCGGCUGUUGAUGACUUCAAGGAGCUUAUCCAGUAUGAAGCAAGAGUGGAGAAGCUUUACAACUAUAUCCAAACCAGAUUCAAUGUUCCCAAAUUCCAAGAGAAAAUUAUGGAAUUGAAGGUAAAGUUGGGCGAGAUCAAGGAAAAAAUGGCUGAACUCAAAAUGAGGAUCGGAGAAAGGCUCAAUGAGUUGAAGAUGAGCAUUGCCUCCCUCGACAAGGAAAUGGUCAAGGCAGAAAUCAAGGCACAACUGAUAAAGGCCAAGAAAUUCAUCGCCUACUACCUUAACAGCACCACCAUUGAUUCCAUUUCAAGCUCUAUCUUCAUUAAUUACAAAGAUGAUGCCCAAGUCCAGGAACUAAUGCGCAAGGUUAUCCGCAUCAGACCACGCAAUGUCAUUGAUAUCAUCAACAAGACAAGUGUAAUGGAAACAAAGAACCUGGCCAUGGAAGCGAAAGAAAAUAUGAUCAUCCAACUUGAACUGCUAAAUCAAACUACUUUCCGCUAUGUCAAUAAGACCUACCUGAAUGAAACCAUCAAACAGGCUACUGAAAUGCUGAAAGAAUGGAAUUCCAUCCUUAAUGAGUAUGUCUACGUUAAUGUCAUCAAGGAAGACAUGAAGCUCGUUUUGAAUAUCACAAAGGAAAAGGUAGUUAACAUGACCAGAGCAGCAAAUCUCUUUAUCAAGUCAAAGGCCGACCUUAUCAAAGCAUUCCUUGAGGAACAGUGGGAUGCACGCCCAAGAUCUCUUGAGGAGCUUAAAGAACGUCUGAUGGAAAUAAAAACCAUUGCAGCUGAUUACAUCAGUGAAAGGUACAACAUUGACGUUGAUCAAAUAAUUGUAAGGGUCAUUGAUGAAUACAAGAACAGGACACAACAGAUAGAUGAAAUCAUUGUCCGUAUGGGCAACGAGUACAUGAAGAGGAAAGAGCAGAUUGAUGAGGUCAUUAAUAAGAUCAUCGCUAUCUCCAAGAAUGAAUCCCAUCCAGUGAACAUGCUUCCUCUCUGCUACUUCAACAGAACCAUCUAUCAGAUUGUUCAACCUCCUGUUGAUAUGACACGGAACUUGACAGUCCUCUACAGCAAGAUGGCAGCAAACCUCACCAAGGUUUAUAGCAAGAAAGUAGCUGACAACAUUGAGAUCUACAGCAUGAUGGUAGUCAACCAAACCAAAGUGUAUUCUCGUAUUGCUUUGGACAAAAUGAAGGAUCUAGGAAAGAAAUACACUCCUAUUGUGAUGACAGAAAUGAAGAAAUACAAAUCGAUCGCACUUGAAAAGGGCAAGAUCGUGAAAGAUACAUCAAUUAUGUAUUUCAACAUUGCUAAAGGAAAUGCAACCCUGUUCUUUCAAAAUUAUUCUCCAAUCGUCAAUAAGACCAUCUGUAUCUUCAUUCAAGAUGCCAAGCAACGCCUCUUCAACUUCACCCUGCAGGUUCGCUCUAAGACUGACCACUUUAUCAACAUGUCCAUUGAGUUCCUUGAACCUCAUGUGCAACGUUAUCGUGAGAGAAUCUAUUCUGCAAAUAUGAUGGAACAAGUUCGUCAACUUCCUACCAAGACCGAGGCUUACUUGAUGGAAGCAGCUGAAUACCACAUCGAAAGAUAUCCAGAGUAUAAGCAGAAAACCAUCCAAAACAUUGAUGACAUGAAGAUAAAGCUUGAGGAAUUGAAGGUCAACCUCACAAGGUUUUACCAAGAAGUGAAAGCCAACACGACAAGAAUGCUUGAAGAAUUGAAGGAGAAUACUCAAGAGUUGUACAACAAAACCAAAGAGAAAGCUCUCAAUAUGUACGAUAUACGAAAAGACCAAUUCAAAGCCCUCAAACUGCAGGUUCAGGAUAAAUGGCAUGAAUGGCAACCAGUCAUCUUGAAGAACAUGGAAAUCAACGGGACAGUACAAGCCAUAAUUUCUGCAACAAAAGAUGAGUACUCAUUGAUCAACGAGUUACCAAUGAGAUUGAUGGAAAGAACCGUCUUUGAACUUGGUCAAGACCUCAGAGCAUACAUCAAUCAACUUGCAGAAGAACUGGUUGAAACGGUUAGGAUGAGCAUCAAGGACCGAACAAGUCUGCUCAACAAGUACCCUGUGAAGUACCUGGAUAUGACUAUCUUUGAGGUUGGUAACAUCACAUAUGGAAAGAUUCUUGUAGCUUCAAAUCUGACAAAAUUCUAUGCAAACAGCACACUGGCAAGGAUCAACUUUUCUUUGGUGAUGGUAAACAAGACCUUCUAUGAUGUCCUGAAUGUAUCAAACACCAAACUAAGAGAGGUUGUUCUUCCCAUCCUGAACCAAACUGCCAGGGACAUCAUGAUCUUCAUCAACCGCACCCGUUCUCAGCCAUGGAGGGUUACCAUCAAUGAGACAAUGUGCUUCCUCAACAGGACAUCUGCCAUCCUAAAGAACAAGGCCAAUGAGACCUUCAUCAUUUUCCAAGCUAAAGUCAUGGAAGCAUGGAAGAAUCUCACAUCAGAAGAGAGCAUUGCCAAAAUGAAGAUGUACCUAAACAACACCAAAGAUCAGAUUAUCAGGAGCCUGAAAGUUGCCAAUGAAACCAUCUACAUGAUACGUAACAGGAGCAUCAAUCUGGUCAUCUAUGUCAGGGAUGAGACCCGUCUCCUCAAUCUCUCUAAAGAGUAUGCACUUCUUGCCAAGGAUCUGACCAAGAAUUCCAUCUACCAGGCCAGGAACAUAACAGUACAGACAAUCAACUAUGUCCGUAACAUGACCAACACCAUCGUGACUUAUAUCCAGGGACCUGCCAAAGAUUUCACCAUGGAAUAUGUGACAUAUGUGAACAACACAAUGGCAGGAUGGGCCAUUCGCUACUAUGAAGUGGACCAAUUCCCAUCGAAGGCCAGUGCUUACAUUGCUGCCAUCAAGCCUGUUGAGAGGACAAUCAAUCUGACCAUGAUUGCCCUCAACCAGACCCGUCUCCUGACUGAAUUGGCCUUCAACCGAAGUAAAGAUAUGACCCGAUAUGCUCUUAACGAGACCAUCGUCAUGACUCAGUAUGCACUCAACCAGACUCGCAUCAUUACUCGCCAGGCAAUUAAAAAUGCCAAUAUUCUAACUUGGCAGGCAGUCAACCGUACCCGCACUCUCAUCAGAGAUACUCUCAACUCCAUUGGUCGUCUUGAUGACCACAGCUUUGCCAUGAACAUCUCUCAUCCAUUCAACUGGACAAGCUUCCGGAGUUUACCAAGACUCAGUAACAACCAGAUCCAGUACAUCAAGGAGAAGAUGGCACAGCUCAACGUCACUCUGCAAGAGAUUCGUGUGAACAUGACAGAGCGGUAUCACAAUUACUCCAGGAUGGUGAAGGAUUACUAUCAGCUUCAGAAGCCAAUGAUUGAUGAGAAAAUUGAGCCUUUCCUUACCAAACUCCGACAAUACAGAACCACUAUCCAGGAGAAGAUUGAUGAGUACCAGGAAAAGAAAGACCAAAUCUUGACCAGUUGGAGGGAGGAGAUCAAGCCUAAAAUCAACGAGAUGAUCAACAAUUUGACCAAUUUCAUCAAGGACCCCGAGCUGCUGACCAAUCUGAAACAAAUGGUCCUCCAAUUCAUGACGGAGACUCUACCUGAAUGGAAGAGGGUAAUCUUUGAAGAGAAAUACCCCGUGCUGAAGGGGGAAAUCGUUGAGAAGUAUUCUGAAAUCAAAGUGGAAGUCAUCACUCAAUAUGAGAUUGCUAAGGAAAUCUUUGAGGAGCUCAAAUUUAAUGAUACUAUCUUCCGACAGAAGGCAAUGACCAAGGUGGAGUCUUUGAAGACAAAAGCUCUGGAGAAGUGGAAUGAACUGCUUCAGAAGAUCCAGGACAUCAAGCAGGCCUGGCCAGAAACUUACAAAAAGAUCAAGGCUGAUAUUGAGGCUGUCACGGUUGAUCUCAAGACCAAACUGUCUGGAUACAUCAACAAGAUCCUUACACUUCUUCAAGAUCUCCGCAUCCCUGUUGAGCUUCUUCCUCUCGAACACAUUAAAAUCUACAGCCCCUGGAAAUACACUGCUAUGAUCUUUGGAGAGAACCAUGUCAUGACAUUUGAUGGCAAGGUAUACAGCGUGCCUGCAUAUGCUGAUGAGGUACAAACCUACGUACUUGCUCAUGACUACAUAGACCGAAACUUCACUCUUUUGGUACAGAAGAAGCGUGUCACCCUCGUUAUCCGCAACACAAGUGUUGCAAUUGAUGAUGAGAAUGUUGUCCAUGUCAAUGGAUUACCAAACCUACAGGAACUGCCUUACCAGACACCAAUCAGCAAGGAGGUGACCAUAAUGGCCAAGGGUCCGUGGGUAAAUGUCACAUCAACCAAAGGAAUCGCUCUAUCCUGCCACGUUGAUCACUUCAUAUGUAUCUUCCAUUUGAGUGGUUGGUACCAUGGAAAAUCUCGAGGAUUAUUUGGCAACCUUGAUACAGAGCACCACAAUGACUUCAUCUUGCCAGAAGGUGGUAUAACAACUGAUGUAGCAGAGUUCAUUUCAGCAUAUGAUGUCUCACCAUAUAUAUCACGAAAUGUUGUUCCAUCUCAAUUUGGGGCUUGCCCAUCAAAUGAUGAUGAAUGCAGAGACAGGUUCCUUGAUGAAGACUCAACAUUGAAUGCUACCUUCAGGGACAUCAACCAAGUUGAGUUCUACAACUUCUGUGUUAAAGAGACAUCAAAGUGCCAUACCGUAUGUGAAGCCACCAAUCCUGUUGCCACCUUGGGAAUGCACCUACUUCGCAAUGUCACCUAUGAACAGAACUGCUUGGACUGCACCCCAGGGGAAAUCAGCCAAGAGAACAGGCGAUCUACAAGCACUGCAGACAUUAUCUUUGUGGUGUCUGAAACUGUAGCAAUGGCUGAAGACAAUAACAUCAAGUCCAGUAUGAAGCAUGUCAUUAAUGAAAUGGACAGGAAGCUUCAAAACAUAAAUGAUGUAAGAUAUGGAAUUUCGGCAUAUGGUGGAGCUGACAUCCAUGGACGACCACAUGUCCAUACACUCUGUGGUCAUUUGAUGGACAGCAGCCUUGACUGUGCUUCCAGUGGUGUUGAAAGCUUAGUCUUUGAAGGAGCAAUGCCCGGUGAUGCUAUGGGUGCUAUCCAGCUUGCUGCCAGCUAUCCAUUCCGAAAGGAGGCUGCCAAGAUCAUCAUCUUGAUUGCUGAUGAAGAUAUUAUGGAGGAGAGUACUAACUACAUUGAAUACUUAUUAAAGAUCAACAACAGCAGAACAGCUAUUCAGAAGCGCCUGGAGCGUCAAGGAAUCACCUUCAACGUCUUCUCAUCUUACCCCACCCUGAACAAGAAGAGUACAGAUUCUCCAAUUUUGGGAGUUGACUACCUUGGCACACAGAUCAUCAACAAGAAGAACAGUGCUGAAGAGGGUACAAGUCGUCUAGCCAUCCCAUCAGGACAGUAUGCUAAGCUUGCUAAGGCUACUCGCGGUUCUGUACUUGGUCUUCGAUGGCUACAGACAGGGCAUCGUGACCUGAACAACAUGCUUCCGAAACUGAUUUUGUCACAGAUCGAACCCCAAGCUAGUGGGCAGGUCGACUUCACCUGUCGCUGUGUGAUCGGCAUGUAUGGAGAGUCACGCAACGAAUGCCAGAUUAGUCGAUAUGCCGACCUUUAGUUCUCAACAAGACUACCCUGUGAUAUUAUGCUAGCCAGACACCAGCUGAACAUUCUUGGCAAUUGCAUAAUAAACAUGAAUGGAUUAUGAAUACUGAAUACAUUUUUGUAUGGGUUCUAAAUCAAUAUCACUUUUAAAUAUUACUACAAAAUUGUGAAUUACAUGGAAAGGCAAAAUCUCUAAUGCCUCCGGGUUGUUAUCUUUUACAGUGCCCAGGCUAUAUAUGAGUGAAAACGGACUAUAUGUAUUUUAAAUCAAGCAAUUCUUUUUCACAAAGAAAAAUAUCAUGCAUGAAAGUUGAACAAGUACGCCUCUGGUAUCAUUUUAAAGGGCAAUUUGGUCUCUGCAACUCUACGUCUAAUCCAUGAUUUGGUAAAUACUUCUACUUAACAAAACGCCUUGGCACCACAUGAGUUACAGUAAAUUUGACAUAAACUUGAAGAUUACUAUCAAGAGUGGAAUCUUUGUAAUUGUAUUUCUUCUGACAACAUCUUCAGCCAUCUAAGUAUAAUGAGAAAAGACGAUACCAUGCCCGAAUAAAAUUGCAAAUAAAACCAUAUUAAAUAUUUGAAGCAACAUUGUUAUGGAUGAUUCCCCAAUGUAAACAAUACAAAACAUAGUGUAAAAAUACAGAAUUCACAAAUUUGGCUAGACUCAUUUCUUGAAUGAAAUUUAAGGAGUUAGCCAUGUUUCAUUGACAGUGUCAGAAAUCUCAUCAUAAAAGUGUCUGAAGCAAUCCUACUCUUUUUAAUCACUUCAUGUCAUAUAAAAUGUUUAUGAAAAAAUGCCUAGAUAAAAUGGAUAAUAAAACUGCUGCAAGUAUAAAA